GAGCAAAAGGGCUUGGGUAGGAAUGUGAGGACUAAAUGAUUCUGGAACAGCUCUGAGUUUGAGAGCCUCUGUCGUCCAAGACGGUAGCUAUCGAUGUUUACAAUCGUAUCAACGGGUUACAGAAGGUUGUGAAUGUAAUAUGUGUUGAUAAUUAAGGAAGUAAAAUGGGGGCAUUUUGUCCCAGGCUCGCCUCUCCGCGUUCUUCGCAUUAAAGAGCCAUUCCCAAUUUGCCGGAUAGUGCGCUAUAGAACACAAUCGGAGACCACCUCGACAGUGGUGCUGAAGAAGUGGUCCAGGUGUGCUCCGUUAGUAAUGCAUUUGGACUGCAAACUUUGAGAGAAGUCUGAAUUAUUUCAGAUACUCUGUCGGUGUCUUUUCGGGUGGAAACGCAAUAGCCAGAACUAUUUCCUUCUCUCGCGUGCCAUUUGUGAGUCAGAGGAAGGAACGUUCAGCACCAAGUUACAGGAAAGCGCCCUGGUCAUUGCGUCCUGAAGUGGAGUGGACCAAGCUUUUCGAAGUUAUAAUGGCCAUAAACGUACCUGUCACUAAUGUGUUGUUUGUGAGAGUAUUCGCCCAAAAGAGUUUUAAGUAGACCAUAGCUGUAUUUGCUUGAGGUGAAAACUAACUCUUGACUGUUGGUUCAUAGGUCAACUCUAUUCUAUUUUGACAAAAAGUCUAAUUCAGUUUUUCUAAUACCAUUAGUUUCCACUGUUGGAGUAACUUCAACCAUUCAUUAAUUCAUGAGUGGUUGUAAGGCGACUUUGAAUUACAGAACAAGUAAAAAGACUUGGAACACUUUACACAACAGCAGGUAAGCCUAUAAUGUAUUGCCUGAAAGCCAUUGUAUAUCAGACCGUAUACCACGGGUAUGACAAAACAUUUAUUUUUACUGUUCUAAUAACGUUGGUAACCAUUUUAUAAUAGCAAUAAGGCACCUCAGGGUUUUGUGAUAUAUGGACAAUAUACCACGGCUAAGGGCUGUAUCCAGGCACUCGUGCAUAUGAACAGCCCUUAGCUGUGGUAUAUUGGCCAUAUGCCACACCCCCUCGGGCCUUAUUGCUUAAUUAUACUGCUAUAAUGCAUUGUAGGGCUUGUCUUAAGCAUGUAUGACAGGCCUUAUGUUUUAUUAUAAUCUCAUAAUGAUCCUGACUAAAUAAAAGCCAUGUUGAGUUGACAAUUGACUGUUUGUGCACAAAUUUGUUUACAUCACCGUUAGUGAGCAUUUUAUCCUUAGUCAAGAUAAUCCAUCCACCUGAUAGGUGUGGCAUAUCAAGCAGCUGAUUAAACAGCAUGAUCAUUACACAGUUUUGUCACACAACACAAUGUCACAGAUGUCUCAAUUCUUGAGGGAGCGUGCAAUUGGCAUGCUGACUGCAGGAAUUUUCACCAGAGCUUUUGCCAGAGAAUUUAAUGUUAAUUUCUCAACCAUAAGCCGCAUCCAAUGUCGUUUUAGAGAAUUUGAUAGUACAUCCAACCAGCCUCACAACCGCAGACCAUGUGUAACCACGCCAGCCCAGGACCUCCACAUCUCGCUUCUUCACCUGCAGGAUCGUCCGAGGGGGAGGGCUAGUUUGAUGGGCUCUGGAGAUCACAGACGCAGCCUAGUGGAGAUCCUGAGGCAGGGCUAUGAGGGGCCAGAGGAGGAGUCCAGGGCCCUAGUGGAGCUGCAGAAGAGCCUGGGGGCCUCACAGUCACAGGGCCGCCCAAUGAAGAUGGCAGCACGUCCCCAAAAUGGCAGUGAGAUUCCCCUGGAGGACCUGCUAUCUCUGUGUGGGUAUGAGGUGUCUGAUCCCCUCCUGCAGCAGGACAGGGAGCCCAACGAGCUAGCAGCCAGUCUGCCUGACAUGACACUGGACAAGGACCAGAUUGCUAAAGAUCUGUUCUCAGGAGAGGAUGAAGAGGAGUCAUCAGCUGAUGACCUCACUCUCUCUGUCACCUCCCAUUCCUCUGACCUCCUCUUCCGCCGCCACCUAAGAGCCCAUUCCAUGGCAGAUGGAGACAAAGGCACCUUCGGCAGCUCCUCAGAAGAUGUCUCAGAUGAUGAUGACGACAACACCUCCAUUCCAUCCAAUGAUGAACGCAAGGACAUCAUGGUGGGCUCAAUGUACCAAGCCAAAAUCCCUCUUCUCAGCCCAUACUCAUACCAGGAGAGAGUCUAUGAUAAUGAGGACCAGCUCCUGUGGACCCCAGACAUGUUGCCAGGCCAGGCUGUAAAGGAGUUCCUGCUAAGUGCCCAGAGACGGGGAGGCCAGGACGGGGCUGUAGACACCCUCAUCAACGGGGACAUAAUCAAAGACAAUGAACAAGCUCUGUAUGAGCUGGUGAAAUGCAGCUUUAAUGCAGAGGAGGCACUGAGACGAAUGCGCUUUAAUGUGAAAGUAUUCAGCGAGGAGCUGUGUGCUUGGAGCGAGGAGGAAUGUCGAAACUUUGAACAUGGCUAUCGAGUUCAUGGGAAGAACUUCCACCUCAUUCAGGCCAAUAAGGUACGCACGCGUUCGGUGGGUGAGUGUGUGGAGUAUUACUACAUGUGGAAGAAGUCUGAUCGCCACGAGUACUUCACCCAGCAGACCACUAAGCUGGGCCGCAAGAAGUACAGUCUGCAGUCAGGGAGCAUGGAGGAUGGAGAGCAGGAUGGAGAGGUUGGGGAGAUGGAGGGGUGCUCCCAGAUUCAGCCCCCCUCACAUCCACCAGUCAUAGACCUGGACAAGCAAGAUGCUGAGAUGGGGAUGGAGGUGUUGGAGCUGUGUGGCGCUCCUUGCCCCAGCCCACUGAGGGAGCAGUUGUUCAGCCACUUCUCUCCACUCCCCCCUCUGGAGGACCUGCAGCAGGAGCCCUCUCUGAACUGUUCCAGCCCGGGCCACUGUCCCACCUCGCCCCCUGCCCAGCUCCACCUCUCCUCACUGCCCUGCUGCAGCUCCCCGUGCCCCCCAGCAGAGCCUCCUCUCCUGGGUUCUGGUUUCUACCAGCUGCAGCUGGGGCCUUUCCUUCCAGAUGGCCUGUCCAUGGGGCCAGAGGAUGGGGACUCCCAAGGGUUGCAGGUAGACUUCUCCAUGCCCUCCAUCCCCCAGACCUCACCCGCCAUUGCCCCCUCAGUUUCCGUCACUUCUGACUUUGGGGCCAUCAGCAGUUACCUGUGUCCCUCAGCCCUGUGCCCCCCUCCCGUCCAGCACCCCCGCUCUCUCACACAGUAAGGGGAGGAAGAAGGGUGUCUUUACUCUGGAGAACAUUGUCUGUACUUCUAAUUAUUGCCUGUUGAAGUAAACUUGGACCAGAGCUUACUCAUGUGUUGGUGUGAAACUCCCCAGGAGAGAAACUAUGUUUUUACGGGGAGAUGGGCAUACCUGUAUCAUAGUGUUUACUAGGGGGGCUCCCACUGCACAUAAGCACAAUGGCUUACCUACCUGUCUGUUCUGGAAAGCCUGUCGUUCUACAGGGAUUUUCCCAGUUCUUAGAGAAUUCUUAGGUAAUGUUGGUACUGGAAAAGCGGGUGGGCUUGAUGAUAGCUCCAAGGCCAAAGCAAUUAUCCUGAUGUUCUUUGCAGUGGCCUCCUCUUCCAGAGCAGAACUAGAGACAGAUGUAACAUCCCUCACUGAUUUCCCAACAUUUACUGGGAACAAUGAGCAGCAGACAGACAUGCAUGACCUGGAUGCCAUAUUAUAGCAGUAUGUCCACAAGAGAUGUUCUCCCUCUAUUAGAUCUGAUAAGGCUGUUUCUAUGAGCAGUGUUCAUUCUGCACUUGUAUGACUCUUCACCACUCUGACUGUGGACCUCUUAGGUAGGAUCAGCCUCCCUGGUUCACUGUGGUUCCACCUCUCUUGAACAUCCACAACUGAAACGGAAGGUUUUGUAUACAGUCUGUUUAAAAGGAAAGAUCUGUUUAAGAAUACCAUGAAACAAUGCUUUUGAGAUUGUCACAAUGUUUUUAUUUUCUUGUUCCUUGUUCAGAAAUGUCUUGGAAGGUUUGCAAUAAGAAACCAGAGUUUGCGAUGGGAGUACUUUUGUGUUCUUUCUAGUUUAUGUUGACAUUUGAAAGGUCUUGUACAGAACCAAACUCUCACAAUUGCCUGACAACCAUGGUAGGCACGUUAGCCUGUGUUUUGCGCAUUAUUGUAAAUGUUACUGUAGCUAAGUCACUGAAUACACAGUUACUCAGGUUUUGUAGCCUCUGGCUUCUUCUAUGUAUCUCAACUCCUGUUGUGUGAUUAAGUGUUGGAUAUUACGCUGAAUCACACAUGCAACCUUGGGGGUAACAGUCAUUGACAAAGCCCAAUGGCAUUGAAGGACAUCAACCCAAAACGUGUGUGUUCAGAAGGAUGCAAUAUUAAGAAUGUUGCAGAUGGAGAAUGUGAUAUAUAGUUAGCUAUACAGUCCCCAGGUUUCAGUGAUGCUCUACAGUAUCCUGCCACUAGAGGAUCUCGGCUGUCACAUAGUCUGAAGAGCCUGCCUGCUUCACAACCCCUGCUCAGGUGGGCCCGGAGAGAAUACGUCCCUUGUGCUCUCUGCCCUGGCAGCAGGAAAACUCCAUAUCUUUAUUUAUUUUUAUAGGUUGGGUCAUCCUCUACUCCCUGCUCUGACCUAAGCUGUUCUAGAUCUGUGUUUUCUUCAACCGUUUACAGGAGGUUCUGGAUGUUGACUAUCGGGGCAUUUAUAUCGUACUUCUUCUGUUUAUGUUGGUUUGUAAUUAUAAUUAUUAUAUUUUGUAAAAAACAAAACCUAUUAAAAAUACACAUGUUGACAAUGAAA